AUGAUUGUGCCUCCCAGGUAUGUCGAUCUUGGCAAACCCGCCCGAGAUGUCUUCACCAAGGGCUAUGGGUUUGGUUUAAUAAAAUUUACCAAUUUUGUUUUCGAUUUGAAAACAAAAUCUGAGAAUGGACUGGAAUUUACAAGCUCAGGUUCCGCCAACACAGAGACCACGAAGGUGACAGGCAGCCUGGACACCAAGUACCGGUGGACCGAGUAUGGGCUCACAUUCACUGAGAAAUGGAACACGGACAACACGCUAGGCACCGAGAUCACCGUAGAAGACCAGCGCACACGUGGCCUGAAGCGGACCUUUGAGUCAUCCUUCUCUCCAAACACUGGGAAGAAAAAUGCUAAAAUCAAGACAGGGUACAAACGGGAGCACAUCAACCUGGGCUGCGACGUGGAUUUCGACAUCGCUGGGCCUUCCAUCCGGGGCGCCCUCGUGCCGGCCCAGGAGGGCUGGCUGGGGGGCUACCACAUGUACUUUGAGACUGCCAAGUCACGCGUGACCCAGAGCAACUUUGCGGUCGGCCACAAGACUGAUGAGUUCCAGCUUCACACGAACGUCAAUGACGGGACAGAGUUUGGUGGCCCCAUAUACCAAUCGGCUAACGUGAACAAUUCCAGCCUGAUAGGAUUAGGACACACUCAGACCCUAAAGCCAGGUAUCAAACUGACACUGUCAGCUCUGCUGGACGGCAAGAAUGUCAAUGCGGGUGGCCACAAGCUUGGUCUAGGACUCGAAUUUCAAGCCUAA